UUUUUGUUUUCACAAGGGUUUUACUUUUUUGUCUCUCAUAACAGAACUAACACGUUUCUUAGAUUCAUUUCAGAUUCAACAACAACCAUACCCAACAACGUUAAUCCAAUUAUCUUGUUCAUGGGUACUUGAAAUCAUGUUUUUUUUUUCUUUCUUUCCAAUGAGUGAGACUUUUUUUUUUAUUUGUGAUGGAAUCCGAAUAUACCCCGAUCUCACAUUUUGCAUGAAUUUGCCGAAAUUUCAAUUCAUUUGGUGUUAAAGAUUUGAUCUUUGAAGAUAAUACUGUGGGGAAAGUGUUUGUUUGUGUGGUUGGGACACGUGAGUUUUCAGUUUUCGGAACACUGUUUACACAAUUCGCUUCCAAAUUGAGACUGGUAGGGUCAAGCAACACUUGGCGUUGAAGUUUAUUUGAUCAUUUCUUAUUUUGGCAUGGUUUCUGAGAUAUGGUGGCGCAGAAGAGGAUAGAUUAUGGAUUUGUUGGCUAUCAGGUGCCAACAAAGCCGCGUGCCACACGAUCACCUAGGAAGAGGGAUACAUUUCAAAGAAGUGUGGAACACAAUCAAAUGUGUGCGAUUGACUUAUUGGCCACCGUAGCCGCCGGCACUUUAUUGCAAGAGAAACAGAAUCCAAUCACACCCGGUGACGGAUCAUCGAAAAAAGAUCAACAUGGAUUCGUUAAAGAAGAGGGCCAAGAUACAAACAAACCAUUCAAAGCCGAGCUUCCUAAUGAAGCUAGUUGUGACAGAAGGCUUCAACACGGAUUUGUUAAGGAAGGUUGCCCGGAUGCAAAUAAGUCGUUGAAAGCCGAGCUUUCUGAUGACGUAAGUAGUGACAGGAAAUGUUUCUCUGCUUUUUCUUCGCAGGUGUAUGGUCAAAAUCACUGUUCAAAGGAAAAUCCGCAUCUUGAAAUUGAUGGUCAUUCAUGCAUGGCUUCUAUAGUAACAAGUUAUAGUUGCUCAGAGAGGUUGGUUGCUGACGUUUUGGUGGAUAGGAAAAGCCAUAGUGAAAUGAAAAAUAUUACUAGUAAAGUUGAAUUAGGAUCCUCUGGAUAUCCAGAUUGUAGUGAUUGCAACUUAGAUGUUGAUGUAAGUAAAGUAAAGGAUGAGCUACAAAAAUCUGAAAAGGUACCGAUCGGUACUGCGACUGGAGCGUGCUGUGUUGAGGAACUAAUGGAUGAAAAACCUCAAGCGCCGAUCGGUUUAGGUGGCAAUGCUAAGUUGUCGGGGUAUAACGAUAGUGUGCCUAGUAGCUCAUUGUUCAAAGGUUGCAAAAAUGUAACAGUAGUUAGUAGAGAUGAUGACGAAAACUUUUCAGGGUGUGCUCACCCUAGUUCAAAAACAAAGUCCUUUAGAUCAAAGACUUGUAUAGGUGAUCAAAGAAUAAGGAAAAGAUUGGCUUCUAAAUAUCGGAAAGUUGCUCGAGAAUCAAAGCACGAAACACUUUCUAACAAUGCUGUGGAUAAAAAUUUCAACAGAGUUUACAACAGUCAGAAAAAUUAUCAUAAACGCCAAAUAUCUCAAAUGAAUAUUCCUUUCAAAAAGAGGAAGAUUUUUGACUGCAACUCCACUUCAAAUUCUAAUGGAAAUAUCAGAAGUGGUUGCACUUACUAUUUGCCCAACAAUGACACGAAUCAAGGUGUUUCUUGUUCAUCAUCUCGGAUGCGCAAAGAUCCUGGAAAGUCAUCCCUGGAAGCAUAUCGUCAUUCUGCAGUACGAUCUAGAGAUUCUCAUGUGAAGCUUAGGAUCAAAUCAUUUAGAGUGCCGGAGCUUUUUAUUGAGAUUUCUGAAACUGCAACUGUUGCCUCCUUGAAGAAAGCAGUUAUGGAGGCAGUGACUACUCUACUUCAAGGUGGAUUGCGAGUUGGUAUGAUUCUCCAUGGAAAGAAACUUAGAGAUGACAGCAAAACUCUACUUCAAACUGGAGUUUCUCAUGAUAACCAGCUGGAUGCUUUGGGCUUCACCUUGGAGCCUAAUUCUUCACAAAGCUUACCACUCACAUGUGCUAAAGAUUCUCUUCAUGUUCCUACUGCAGACAACAUGCCUCUAUCUUUAAUAGGGCAUACUUCGAGUCCAUCUGUAAUUUAUCCGACUCCGAUGAUUCAUGGUUUCUCUGAUGCUGAGCAUCAAGUAACCAGUUUAGGCAACAUUGUUGAAAGUGAUCAUGAUUCAGCACCUUCUUCCAUCAACACAUUAGGUGAAAAAAGAUUGAUAGGUUCCACAGAACUUGUAACUAUUCCUGAAAUGGAUACGGAGGGACUAGCUAUGCUACCUGUGAACCAGAAGCCAAAGCGAACUGAGAUCUCACAACGCCGCCGAAUUCGCAGGCCUUUUUCUGUUGCCGAAGUGGAAGCACUGGUUGAAGCGGUCGAGAGACUUGGAACUGGAAGGUGGCGUGAUGUUAAACUUCACGCUUUUGAUGAUGCAAAGCAUAGGACAUAUGUGGAUUUGAAGGAUAAAUGGAAAACAUUGGUACACACGGCAAGAAUAUCUCCUCAACAAAGAAGAGGUGAGCCUGUUCCCCAAGAACUUUUGGAUAGGGUCCUCACUGCUCAUGCAUAUUGGUCCCAACAGCAACAAACAAAGCAACAACAACUCAAGCAUCACCCGGAAACUUGCCUUCUACUUUAAUAUGAGGGGGUGUUGAUAGCAAUACACCAUAUGAUGUGACUUUGUAGAUUGUUUUGGUUAGGUGUUACGGUUUCUGACCCUUGGUAAUUUUUUUUUUUUUUUUUUGUAUCUAUGAUGAUAUACAUCACUUUUUUCUUUUUUCUGGGUACAAUGUUUGUUGCUUUCUCUAUAUAUCAUGUAAAAAAUUAUAGUACAAGGAAGAAAGUGAAGCAUAGGGGAGAAUUUAUGUAACAUUCUCUUGCUCACACUAUGGUUCUUUCCCUGUGUGGAGAGGCUAUUUCUUGUAAGUAAAUGGUUUAUAUGCAAUAAAGGGCUUGCUAAUAGAAUUUCUCUUAUGCCAAA